AAAGGAAGACAACUUCGAAAUCCCGUUUGCAUCUCGCGGAAACAGUGACAUCAUGAGACAGAAAUCGUAAAAAUUCAACAUGGACGAGGACGGGCUGCCAAUUGUGGGGUCUGGAGUUGAUCUUACCAAGGUUCCUGCUAUACAACAGAGAAGAAUUGUUGCCUAUCUCAAUCAGUUUGUUGUACAUACAGUUCGAUUCCUUAACCGUUUUUCCACAGUUUGUGAGGAGAAACUUGCAAACAUAUCUCUUCGCAUACAGCAGAUUGAAACCACCCUGUGCAUUUUGGAAGCUAAGCUUUCCUCCAUUCCUGGACUGGAGGAUGUCACAAUAGAUGGACUCCGUCAGCAACAAACUGUGCAGGCUAAUGGACCCACUGCUGCCAGUAAAAGCCAAACAGGUGGUCCACCAGCAGGGACUCUGCCACCACAGGAGAAUGAACCAGAAGCUGCACCAACACAAAAAGCAGAAUCAGCUGCAGAGAAUGUUAUGACAGUAGCCAAGGACCCACGUUACACCCGUUACCUCAAAAUGGUUCAAGUGGGGGUCCCAGUUAUGGCCAUUAGGAAUAAAAUGGUCAUGGAGGGUUUGGACCCUAACUUGCUUGACACACCAGAUGCCCCCGUGCCUGAUGGAGGAGUGAGGAGCACAGAGGAUCAAGAAGUUGCUGCCACCAGCUCUGACAGUGAAUCAUCUUUCAGUGACUGACAUUUCUCCACUGUGCUCAUCACCACAGAGCUUCUUGUAAAGGCCGUCGUCAGAGAAGUAGGCUACCAGUGUGAAGGUGCAAAUGUAGAUGCCUGAAACAGGAAAAUCAACCUAGAGUGAUUGUAAUUUCAGUCUGAAUGAGUUGAAAUUGUGCUCCUGUUGGUCAGUCAGACCUAUUCAAUUUUAUAUAUCAUUAACAUUUUGAAUGAAUGAGUAUUAUUUUCAAAAACAGGGAAUCAUUUCUUUGUUGAUUGUAUGAGCAGUAGUCCCCAGAACAUGGCAGCAGCAACUAGUUUUUCUACAAAAUGCUAUUUAUGUGGUAGUGACACUUCUGUCACAGUCUAAUGCCUUUAAGAAAUACACUCACCAGUUGAUAGUUCAGUCUCUUUUAGAUAUAGUAUACAAUAGAAAUAAAAAGUUAAAAUUGUAUGUCGAACAGUUACAAUGCUUCAAUCUGUGUGUUAAGGCCAGGGAGGAAAAAUAUCACAAUCACCCUGCUCCACCGUCACCAUACCUGUUUAUUAAGUCAAAUUGCCUUUCUGAUGUGAAUUACAUUGCAGUGUGAAGUAACAGGAAGCCACCUCACUAUUUUCAGCUGACAUUCUGGAUGCUUGAAACACCUCUUUACUGACAUUUGAAAAGAGCACCAGUGUGCAGAAGCAGUCUUUUUUUUUUUAUGUUCUCAGACCAAAAAUAUUCAGCGAGAAGUAAAGCCAUUUAUCUCAUUACAGAAUAUUGUGAACAAGUUGCAGGGUUUGAAUAUUAUUCAUUCCCAGUAUGUUGUCAUAUUCACUACUGCAUAGAAAAUUAGAAUUAUAUGUCACCAUGGAAAGAAGAUGCUAAUAAUACUAAUAAAAUAUACAAUAAAAAUAAUAUAUAAAUACAUGUAUUUUAGCUAACAUUCGCUCAUAAGUGUGUUUGGAUUUGUACACUUUUUGCCUGGAAUAGCAGUGUGCUGCACACUAACUGAAAUGAAGGGUUAACUCACUUGCACUAAGAAGUAAAACGGUCUCCACCUGUCAGCAAAAUGUAAAUGCAGGUAAUUUUUUUUUUGUGUUGACUAUGCUGAUCAUGCCUGGUUUCACUGUUUAUCAUUACUUUCAUCAAAUUGUGUCAGCACAGGCACCAAAAUGUAAAAUAAAGUAGAAAAACUGUUCCAAGAAUACUGUGGCACAAAAACCAGAAUAGUUCUGUGAGUGGAUACUGUUCUUCAGUAAAUGUGAAAAAAGUGAGUUUAGAGAAGUCUGGAAAGCACUUUGUUUACAAGAGCAAGAAUUGUUGUAUCUGCGAUUUUGCUUGUAAUAAACACACAGUUUGCUUAAAAAA